GAUCAUAAUACAUAUACUUUUUUAUUAAUACAUUUAACAACAAACAAAACUUCCGGAAGGUUCUAUAAACAGCAAAAGAUUACUUCAUGACAGAUUGUUCUUGAGUUGUAGUGCGUUACGUGUCAAACCACGUAUACUAUUUGAUAUAUUAACUUGUUUACUACAAAGUAAUCACUUAAGAUGAUCACAGAUGUAGAAUUGGCUGUAUUUUGCAAUAUUCUUGGGGCGGUAUUAUUUUGUUUAGUAUUUCUUUUCCAUUACAUAUACGCAAAUUAUUCAAAAUAAAGGAAUAACAUAUUGUUCCUGUACAUAACCUCAACCUACAUCAUCAAAUACUGACACAUGUGCAAAUGGAAUGUACAUCUAUAUAUUAUAUUUAAUAGAUAAACAUGAUUACAUAAAAUAAAAGAUUUUAUGUUGAU